AUGUCCUUCUGUGAUAAACUUGAAAGCAGAAGAAGAUAUUGUAGCACCGAUUACUGUGCAAACAGUCGUGCAUCAGGCAGAGACAGUUGUUCCGAGGCGCGCACACCUUCGUGUAAUUGUCAAAGUAACGUAGGAUGCCUGGAUCGCAGUGAUUGCGGUGGUUUGCGACCUGUCGGGACAGCUGCGAUGGGCGCGUGUCCUGGACCCUGUCAAUGCGUUGAAGAGGAAAUCUGGAACAGUAACGCGCCGCCUAAACCGAAUUGCCGAUGGUUGAGUAACUUCUCCGAGCUGCGUCGUCAAUGGAGCGAUUACGGUCGCCAACAGGCGUGCAAAUGCUGCAACUGCAGUCGCUCGUGGUAA